AUGAGUUCGCUUCGUGUGGCGUUGAAGCAAUCACUGCAAGAGUCGGGUGCUCUCAGUAAGAAGAAUUCUCGAGGUGGCCGCAACAGAGGAGACAAGUCGUCCAGUGGAAAACGCAAAAAGAGACGAAGCGGCCAUGGAGUGGACUCGCCCAGACGAAAGCGCGGACGCCCACCCAAGCGUCGUCGCGAGGCCAGUGACGAGGAAGACCAGCAGCACCCUGCGGAUGACGAAGAUCACUCUAGUAGUGACGAAAAUGAGAAGGUCAGUGCGAACGCUCAUCGUCGAUCACAACAACAACAACCUGAAAAGCAGCAACAUCAUCAUCAUCACCCCAAGGAAGCAGCGGCAAUGCCCAAUUCCGCUUCUGCAAAUACUAGUGAUCACGACAACAAGACUGAUGCCAGGCACCAUCAUCAUCACAGUCGUCAUCAUGACUCGGAGGAAGAACCGGACGAGCGGAGCGACGAAGAGCGGAGACGACGACAACAGCGAAAACUACAAAAGAAACUGAAACAUUCCGCAGCCAACAAGAUUCAAAAUCAAUGGAAGAAGAAGAAAGAAGAACACGUUGGUAGUAGAGACACCACCGCAACUGACGACGCUGAUACAUUACAUCAUCAAGACAAGGAAACACGUGUGAGUGCCGACUCGUCGUCACAUCCUGUAAGAGAAAAACCAUUGCAAGCUGACCAUCACGAAAAGGGCAGCGCUGAAGGGGGCAGCAGUAUACAUAGCCAGGUGGCAGCUGCAGAAGUGGACGCACAACCAGAAGAAGGACAGUCAUCAGAGCAGCAACAGCAUCCAACAAAAAAGAAGAAAAAGGGAAAGAAAAAGGACAAAGACAAGGAUAGAGACGAUGGAGACGACAAUAUGAAGAGCACUGAACGCGGCAAGGGGAAAACUGCCAAAACAGUGCCACCUCCAGCUCCGGAAGUGCUCGAAUGGAAUCGAGCUCUAACCAUUAAAAAAGCAAGAAGAAACGUGGCAACAGGCCUACGGGUCAAGGUGAGGUUUGCAACUAAGGUCAAACGGGAAGGGAAAAUUGUCCGCAAGAAACGAUGGUUUGGAGGCAGAGUCUCGGCUGUUUCCAAAGAAGGGUCCAAAAUUAGAAUCAAAUAUGACGAUGGGACUGCAGAGAUAUCAAAGUUCCCAGAUAAGGAUGUUGUGGUGGAUGACGCAUUCAAUGGGGAGCAUCAAGCUAAUGCUGGCAAAUUUCAGCCUCCCGAGAUGGAACCUGAUGAUGCUGAUCCUGAUCGACAGGCAGAGCAAGAAGGACCCAAACAACAACCGGUUACAGAACCGCAACCCAGUGAAGAAGCAGAAACAAAGCCAAAGGACGAACAACCACCACCAAAGGAAAAGCUAACAGACGACAAACCGCCGGUUUUGCCUAUUGAAGAAGCAGAGCUACCCAAAGCCAAAGAGCCAGAAAAAUCUCCGACAAAGGUCGAAUCAGAGGUUGAUUUGACAGCCAACAUCUUCAAUGAUGAUCCGCCGAGACCUCCAUCACCUCCAGUCCCAUCAAUAGAGGAGGAGCCGAUACCACCACCGAGUCCACCAAUUCCAAUGACAGAAACGGAACCUCCCACUUUCGCGCAUGAACCAGAACGACAACCUCCCGGUUACAUGGAAGAGCCUCAAACGCCGGUCAAGGAAGUGGAAAGACAACCAACAGAGUUUAGGAUUCCGCAGGAGCCACCCAUGUCCAGUCCACCUGAUAGAAAGGAGAACGAGGUGGAAGUUGAACGAAGGGUUCGUAAACCAGAUCCGGAAGAAAUGAUCAUUGAAUCCCCAGAGCCCAAACCUGUCAAGUCGCAGUUGGAUCCUCCGGGUGGUGAUAAAACUCGUGAUGUGCCAACCCCGCCACAAAUACAAACAUCGCAAGCCGAGAUUGAUCAUCAGGCACAAGUGGUCUCCACCAGCAGUGAUGACGCACUGAAAACUUCUGCCGACCCUGUCAUCGAGGAGCGAGCAGUAUCACCCCCCGUUGUUGUGGAUGACGACGUUGCCGAGAAACAACCAGAAUCAGUGCAAAAGGCGAAAGAUCCUGCACCGCAGCUUACCACGGAAAAAGCCGUACCGGAAGAGGUUCCUGCGCCACCCAAGCCGACGCUAACAAUCCGCUUGCCAAACCCAAAGAAGGAGAAACGGGAGAAAGGCGGCUUGGUUGACCCACAAAAGUCGCCCAGAAUAAGAAUACACAAGCGAAUCCCACCGCGCGAGAACUCACAGAAUUCUGUCUCAGGCGAGCCAAAGCAAGUUGAUGAUGUUGUAUCAUCGAAGAAGGCAGAUCCUGCUCCGGGAAAAUCUGUCCCAAGUGACCAACAAGCCGACAAUAAAGCUGAAGUUCCUACGAAAAAGCGAAGGCGCUCGUCGAAGGAAGGCAUGAUAUCGAUUGCCGAAGACGAAUUUGCAAGCACUACUGCGUCUACUAAGAAGCGUCGACGAGUGAAAGAAGGUGACGAAGAGGGCGAGGUGCGUGUGCCAUCGUCUACGCGGAUUCACAUUCAACGGUCCACUCCCGUGGCGGAAUUACUUGCAGCAGCGCCAGACAAGAAAGAAUCAAAGCCAAUCAAGAAGUCGAAGCGCCCGAGUUCCAGGCAGGGCGACGAGAAAGAAGAAGUAAUGAGCGCAAAGAAGGACGAAAUCGUCGACGAUAGUGACAGCGGUCCAGUUAGAGUUGUAGGCAAAUCGAAGCGGGUUCCUCUUUUUUCUGACGAGGAAGAGUCGUUGGCAGAGCCUCCUAACAAACUACAGGAAGCAACAAUGGCGGAAAAGCCUGAACCAGUCACUCCGGUACUAAAGCCAACCGUUGAGAUAGAGGCCAAGCGUCCUCGACCUACGAAAUUGCCUGCUUCUGGACAACCGCUAGGAUUCGAACCAUCCAGCGAUGAAGCUUUCCAACGCGACAAGUCGAAGGUGUCGGUUUCUUCUUCUCUUAACAGUGCCUUCGAGAGGAAGGAAAGCAAAGUUACAUCAGACGCAAACAACAAGGAGGAGGAGCUGCCGCUGACAGUCUCACAGCCUACCGAAGUAGCCACGCUGAGGCCUUCGACUCAACCUACCGAAGUAGCCACGAGGAGGCCUUCGACUCCUCGAGACAAGACUUCGACUGGCUUGAAUACCCCCGUAGUUCGUUCGGGUCGUAGAGCUGCACAGCAGGCAAACGAACGAAUAAAUUCAACGAAACAGGACACAGAGGCUGCCGACCUAGACAAAGAGCCGAAUGUGGCUGUCGGGAAAAAGCGGAAGAAAAAAGAGAAGCCGGACGAAGAUUCUGAAAGUAGCAACUCGAACGAUGAUGGCUUCAAUGACUUCAACUGGGCUCAGUGUGAUUCUUGUCGCAAAUGGCGCAUCAUUCCAAAUCACAUCAAGAUAUCCGAGCUUCCUGAAAAGUGGUAUUGCAGCCUCAACGUGUAUGACCCUAAGCGAAGUACAUGUGAUGCGCCGGAAGAAACCGCUAAAACUCCGGUGAUAAAGAGGAAUAAGAAGCGCGGAAGGAAGAAACGAGGUAUUAGAACAUUGGAGGUGGUAGCUGAGACCCAAAACUUGGAAGAACAACAAGUUUUGGCACAGCCUCAGGCUACAAUUCCAGAAGCUCCGGUGAAGGAGAAAUCAAGGGCCAAAAGUCCCACACCAAAAGACGAUGUAAAAGAACCGACAAAGUCCAAGGAUGCGACCAAACCGAAAGAGCCGACAAAGACCAAGGAUGCGACCAAACCGAAAGAGCCGGCAAAGUCCAAGGAUGCAAUCAAACCGAAAGAGCCAGUAAAGUCCAAGGAUGUGAUCAAACCAAAAGAGCAGACGAAGUCCAAGGAUGUGAUCAAACCAAAAGAGCAGACGAAGUCCAAGGAUCCGGCCAAACCGAAGGAGUCGGCGAAGCUCAAGGAUUCUAGGAAGCCGAAGGAUAGCACUAAACCAAAGGAAUCAGGCAAGGUCAAAGAGUCGGCCAAAUCAAAGGAGUCAACGAAAUCAAAGGACAUUGGCGGGUCCACACCGAGGACGAAACUACCACGUGCGUCUCCGAGUUCCAUCGCGUCCGCUGACAACGCGUCGCAAGAUGCGGACAGCGAACCGCCGCUGAAGCGAGCCAAGCACGAAAAGAAGACGAGAAGACUCCCUGAUACACCGCUGGAGAGUAUCCCUGAAGCUCCGCCAACCGACAAAGUAAAGCGAGGAAAGAAGUCUCGGAAGGAAAAGGAGAUCAAGGAAAGCACCAAAGAGAGGGACAGUCACGACCAUGCUGAGCGAUCCACCUCGCACAAGGAGCAAGAUGUGGACAUUGACAAUGUCGAAUGGGUUCAAUGUGAAAAAUGUGAUAAGUGGAGAAAACUACCAUCAGAGAUCUCUGCAGAUGAACUACCUGAUGUUUGGUAUUGUUCCAUGAACACUUGGAAUCCACAAUCUGCAAGCUGCUCUGCCGCUGAGGACUCGCUCGAAAAUCAACAGGACGUCGUUCCCACCACCACAGGGGGCUCCAACCUGUCUUAUCGUAACUUGAUUUUUGGUUCAGGGAGGAAGGUGAACCGUCCAGUUUCAGAGAGAACCCGCGCCGCCGAAUCCAUAUUCGCGACUCCCAUAGAGGACUCCGAGACCGGGUAUCCUACAGUAAAAUAUGCGAACUCCAGCGCAUUUGCUCCCAGGGGAUCACGAGCCAACAUUAUUGAAGAGGAGAACAAUCAACCUUCAGUGUUUGACAUCAUGCACCAUUCUAGCUUAUGGGCUGAAUUGCGCAACGCGUGUCAGCCCUACAAUGCGAGUUCGUGCGGACCGUCGUCGUCGUCGGCAGGCUUUGGAAAACCGUUUCUGCCCAAGUACGCAGUGGAGACCAUCCCUCGUGAGAUUCGGCAAGACCUGAAAGACAUUAUUUGCCGUGCAUUGGGUAGCAAAACUCUCCUUGGAGAGGAAGUAGUGUUGGAAUGUCAAUGUCGUCAGCUACCGAACGUGAAGCCCUCGUGGCAGGAAAUUCGGUCCUGCUGCACAAAAGACACAGUCAUCACGCUUCUCUGCGAACUUGUCAAGGAGGGCCGUGUCAAAAUCGUUCAAGCGUUUGGCUGCGAUUGGACUGUUCAAGAUUGGAAUCCUCGAUACAGACUUGUCAAUUCCAGCAAAGAGAAUGCCGAACCAGUAGCGUCUGUGGCUCCUCUCAAGAAGAGCCGCUGUUUGAAAAUGGCAAAGCCAUGGAAGAGUUAG